UGGCUGGUGUCCACCCCGGCGACCAGGGAGCAGCCGAGAGACCGCGGGGCGCAGGGCGAGCGCCGGGCGCUGCCUCUCUCUCCGCGCCGCCUCCAGCGCCGGGGACACCGCGCCCCGCGCGCUCCGGAGCGGCGGCUCCGAACAAUCCCGGGCUGGGCUCGCCUGGCCUCGCCUCUCGGUGACAUCACUCCUGAAGACACUCCACGCUCCCAGUCCCUGCCGUGGACCAGCGUUCGUCCGUGUGUCCUCCUCUGUCUUGCUGCCGCUCAUCGCUAUCUGGGAACAGAGCCGGACGCCAAGAAGCGACAGGACCCCGAAGAGGCGACAGAGCGAAGGCAGCGCGGGAAGGAGGACCCCGGCAGGCGACAGCAUGAAAUUCAGCCCCGUGCGCUACUUGCUGCCGCUGCUGCCGGCGCUGGUCCUCAGCACCAGGACUACGAACAGCUAGAAAAGCAGCUGAAAGAAGUCUUUAAGGAGCGAAGCACCAUUCUCCGUCAGCUGACAAAGACAUCACGAGAGCUUGAUGGAAUUAAAGUCAAUCUUCAGUCUUUAAAAAAUGAUGAGCAGUCCUCCAAAACUGAUGUUCAGAAGCUUCUGGAAUUAGGCCAGAAACAAAGAGAAGAAAUGAAGUCUCUUCAGGAGGCCCUGCAAAAUCAACUGAAAGAGACGUCUGAGAAAGCAGAGAAACACCUAGCCACCAUUAAUUUUUUAAAGACUGAAGUGGAAAGGAAAAGCAAAAUGAUCCGAGACCUCCAGAAUGAGAAUAAAAGCUUGAAAAACAAACUCUUGUCAGGAAACAAGCUGUGUGGCAUUCAUGCAGAAGAGUCAAAAAAAAUCCAAGCCCACCUGAAGGAACUUCGUUAUGGGAAGAAGGAUUUGUUAUUCAAGGCCCAGCAGCUUACUGAUCUGGAACAAAAAUUAGCUGUAGCCAAAAAUGAACUGGAGAAAGCAGCUCUUGACAGGGAGUCACAGAUGAAAGCAAUGAAAGAGACUGUACAACUCUGCUUGACGUCCGUUUUCCGUGAUCAACCUCCCCCUUUGAGUCUAAUCACAUCAAAUCCAACUCAGAUGUUACUUCCCCCCAGGACGAUUGCCUCUAAGCUUCCAGUUGCAAGGGCUAAAAGCAAGCCUCAGCAAAGCCCUCUGGGAAACAGCAAGAGUUCUCAAGUUGAGUCAACAAAGGAAGGAAAUCCCAGUGCCACCGUGUGUGAUUCUCAAGACGAGGGCAGCAGCUGUUCCAUGAAGCACAAAGACAAUCCUCCAAGUAAUGCCACUGCAGAAUCAGAUGUUCUCCCACAGAAAUUGCAAAUGCCUCCUUGUUCUGAAUGUGAGGUGAAAAAAGUUCCAGAAAAACAACUGAACAACUUUGAAGGGAUGGCAAAUAGAGAAGAAAAAAUACUGUAAAUACUAAGAAAUUGUAUUAAAAAAACAAAACAAAACAUUAAUUUGCUAUCGUCUUCAUACUCUUUUUAGACCACAGGCUUGAUGGAAAUACUAAAUUUCUAAAGCAUGUAACUUUUUCACAAUUUUAUGUAACUUUAUAAAUUACUCUACAAAUUUUCCAGAAGAUUCCAGGCUAAUUAUGAUCCUUCAGAAAUAACCUAAUUGAAAUGGAUAUCCACAGUCAUAAAUAUUUCCUUGUUAGUGAGUUUCCCUAUAUAAGUUGGUUUCUUUUGAGAUCAAACACAAUAUGCCACUUAAUUCUCUUGGUUCAUUGGAAUAUCUAUUACUUCUGUGAUGGAGUUGUGGAAAGCAUCUGUGGGAUCCUAAAGUAUUCUGAGUUUUUUGCAUUCGUAGAACACAAGUUACAACCAUAUCAUCAAGAUUUUGGUCUACACUAGCCAAAUGGAGUCUUUACCCUCAAUGUUGGAAUUUGUGCCAAUAUAAAUGAAUCUUUUAUUUGGCAGUGUUUAUUACUAUUGUUAUUAUUUUGAACUAAUAAUAAUUAUUUUGUCUAAAUACUAGCAAGGUGAUUCUGGCAAGGAUUUAUGAAAUAUAUUUAUCACAAUGCAGACACAAUAUUUGAAUUAAUGACCAAAUUUCUAGUACAAUUGAUUACCUUUGGAGGCAUUUUAUAAUAUAGUACCUAUGUACGUCUACUGAAAUUACUUCAAAUUAAGAAUGAAGUCGUUUCAAAUGUUUGGCAUGAUUUUUCUGAAGUUGAGUAGUGUAAUGUGAGGUGGGAGAAGUAUUCUACAAUAUACAAAUAUGCAAGCAGGCAAUAUAUAUUUCAAAAUGAAUAUUUGAUGAAAGUAAAAUAGCCAUGUUGAUACAAUGACCUAGAUUCAUAUUUUUUGAUAAUCAAUGGCUCUGUUAAACAUUAAAGUUGGGGGGUUUGUGUAGGAAUAUUACUAAUAAAAUUAAUACACUCAUGAAUAAUCUGAAUAUAGCUCAUAAGCAAGGGAAAUUGAUAUGUCAGUAAUUGUCUGAUUAUUGAUAGAGCAUCAAAUUAGCAGACUUGAAUUAGUAAGUUAAUUGAUGCAGUGAGGGUGUCUGCAUUGAAUAUGCUCAUUACUGCUGUUAGACCCAUUUGCAAAGGCAGAAAGCAGAUAAAACCUUUGGUUUUACAGAAUAGAUAUGUCAAGCCAUAUUUAUUAUAUUUAGAGCAGUAUAGCCUAGAAAAUAAUUCACAAAAAUAUAUUAAAUAAAAUCUGUAAUCAGUAGAUAAAUUCUAUGAUAUUGUGGUACACUUUUGAUCACAAUGACAUACUCAAAGAAAUUUAAUGGUUUGGAAAAUUGGAAACUAUCAUUAGCAUUAAAAGUACUUUCAGAAUAGUUCUGAGUCAUUUACUAGUACAGACGGUCCCCAGCUUAACAAUGGUCUGAGUUAUAAUUUUUCUAUAAUACAGUGGUGCAAAAUCAUCAUAAUGUCUAUGUACUUCACAUUUUGAAUUUUGAUCUUUUGUCUGGAUGAUGUGUGGUACAUAAGAUAUUAAAUGCUUUAUUAUAACGUUGGCUUUGUAUUAGGUGAUUUGCUCACAUAGAGGCUAAUGGAUGUGUUCAGAGCAUGUUUAAGGUAGGCUAGCCUAAGCUUGAUGUUUGGCAUGUUAGGAUUAUCAAAUACAUUUUUGACUUAAAAUAUUUUCAAUUAUGGGUACGUAUGUAGGGAACCUCACUGUCAGUUGAGGAUCAUCUGUAUUUUUUAUAUAACAAGCUACCUAAUAAAUAAAGAGAAUUUGUUUUAUAGCUGAUCCAUAAAACUUUAAAAUGAAGUGACCAAGAUAAACUAAAAGAUCAAGGUAUGAAUUUUCUGGAGACUCCUUCCCAAUUGUAAAAAAAAAAAAAAUCAUUUAAUUCUAUAUAGGGUGGAAUAAAACUACUUGCCCAAUUUUUGUUCCUUAUAAUUCUCCUACUGUACCGAAGAGUCCUAACUAUCUCCAUAGUAUACAAAAAGAAAAAUACAUCAUUAAGUUUUAAUUUUAGGUUUACUCUCCAAUUCCCAGGCUGGGCCUCAACUUCCUUUCUAGGCCCUAUGUAUCAAUUUCAAAUUGCACAUUAACAAGACAUCUUUAGUAGCAAAAAUAAAUAAAUAAAAAUUACAAGACAACUGACAUUCUUUGAAAUUUUUAUGAGUGAUAAUGUGUUGUAAAUUAGAAAUUGGCAUAAUAUUAAAUAUAUUAGAAUAGUUUAAUUUUUGGUUUAUUUUCUUGAUGUUCUAAUUCGUAUUCUAGUAUUUAACAAUAUAAUCAGUUGAUUUUAUUAAAUUCUGGUAUGAUUAAGUGGGAUUUGAAUCAACAUAAUGUAUGGUUUUCCUUCAAAGCUAAACAGCAUUCUGCAUUCUGCAGUUAUUACUGUGGCACAUCCAUGCUAUCAUUUGUUUCAAAUAAACAUAAAUAAUUUGCAGCAGAUCUUUUUAAAUAUAUAUUUUUAAAUAUUCUGGGAGUUGCUUUUAAUAGUUAAGUAUGAGAUUCUUUUUUUUUUUUUUUUUUUUGGUAUGCUCUAAGACUUUAAUGAAUGCAUUUUAUUUCGCUCACUUAUGUAAUUGCUUUGCAAUAGGACUGGAGUGGUUGUAAAUGUUCUACUUGCAUCCGUGGCUUUUGUCUGUUAGGUAGCUGCCAUUUUGUAUUAUUUCUUUUCAUUAACAGGUGUGUAAGUAGAUACUUUUGAGAAAUUAACAAUAAGAGCCCAACAUCCCCAAGUGGAAUAAUCUUUAACCUAAAUGUUGACUUUGGAUUUAUAAUUUUAUUAUACAUGUGUAAUGAUAACAGAAGAGAUUACCUAUGUUUUGAAGAAUAUGAAUAGAUUACCAUUAAUAAAAUAAAUUUCUAGAGGAAUACCUUGUUUUAAUAUAAGUACACCCAGAACUAAUAAAAAUGUUGUUUAUCUCUAGUUAUUUGAAAAUACUAAUCAAUGGUAUGUAUGUUUUUCUGUUAGGAAUUUGCUUUUGGUGCUGUGUGUACUUCUCCAUGAAUUAACGAUACAAACUAAACCAAUUCCUGAAAUGUAUAAAACCUAUAUCAUAGCUGACUGUGUUUAUUCAAUGCUAAAAUGUUCAAAGAAAAGUGAACAAUUCAGCCCCUUGUCUUGGAUGUGGCUUGCCUGUGUAAUCUCAAAUAUCUGAAUACUGAAAACACUGAGGCUAACUGUUUUUCAUUAUUUCUGCAAAUGUUUAGCAUCCCAGUGCUGUUUCAUAUACAAUUUUGUUUGACAAAUAUGCUCAAUUAUAAGUCUAGACAGUAUUUGAUGGAGACUUUUACUUAUUUAGAUAGACAAUGUGGCUAGCUGAACUAAAAGAAUAUUUGUGAAGUUUGCUAUAAUGAAAUCCUUUAUUUUUGUAGUUCCAGUUCUCUUAGCACUAAUGACAGCACACAAUGAAAUAAUCACUGGCAGUGUAAAGUAAGUUGAACUGUCCAGAGCUACAGAAAAAUGAAAACAUACACCUGAUUACUUAAGGGACGUUUUACUAGUCAUGUGUAUAGUCUUAAUUUUUCCCAAAUGAUGUCUUCUCUAGAUUAUGUUAUAAUAUUAACACUCAGAAUAAAAGAUGCUGGAUGAUGGACUAUUUUUGUUCAAUAAAGGUUUGUUACUAAGA